AUGGCUACCGAAUACCGCGUUUAUGUUGGCCGAUUUGAACGUGGUGGGGAUCUCCCACCUCACUGGGAAAUCUGCAUUAGAUAUUCAAAGGAAACAGGAAGGUCCCAAGGCCCGGUUUGGCAUCUCAAGGGUAGCUGGCAUGGAUGGCGAGUCGAAAUUAUCGAGAAUACGUUUUACAGUAAGCCUCAAGCAUGGACCGGAUGCCACUUUGUCGGCACCAUUGCGGCAAACCGAAUUCCGGCAGCGCGUCAAGUCGUGGAGGAAACGCCAAUCGUUGCAAAUGACCCGAACUGGAACUGUCAAAACUGGGUCUACACCGCAUUGAGAAGGCUUGAAGCCAGAGGCUACAACAUCAAAGCGCCGGUUUCCUUUGCGAAACUCACUGAAGACAUGGCGGAAGCGAAACGCCUAUGGGAUUCUGGCGAGGAUUCUGACUGA